AUGGACAUCAGGCAAAUAGAGCUCCGGAGACAGCAGGCAAAUAUUUUGUUCAAGGAACAACGGAUCGGCGAGGCACUGGACAUUUACCAGAAGUCUCUUGCAGAAGCUAUGAAAUGUGUAGUGCCAGGCACUAGGAACUAUCCCCUUGAGGAACAAUUGUCUCUACUGACGUAUAAUAUCUGCAUAGUUUAUUACAGGCAAAAGAACUUUCCCAAAUCGCUUGUAUUUGGACUUGAAUCACUAAAGUAUCUUGAAAACGACAAGACUCGAAACAAGAUAUGUGCAGUAUACCUUCGGCUUGGGAUGAUACGGGAAUACAAGGAAGUCUAUGAAAGGAUAAUGGAUAAGAGUUCUAGUCCUGAGAUUUCCUCCCUGCUGAGCAGAAUGAAGCUGGACAAGCAGACUGUUGAGAAGUAUCUAGAAAGGUGCAUAACACUGAAAAGACUACAGGAGCUAUCUAAGGAAAUAUCUGAGGGGAAGGUCAUACCGACGGACAUAUUGGAAUCUAUACUUGAGCAAGGAGAAAGUGUUUUUUUAGGUUGCGAAAAUGUUGUAUAUGUUGAAAGCGAUAAGGAGGUUUUGGUUUUUGGAGACACACAUGGACAGUAUUUUGACAUUGUGGGAAUCCUGAACAAGGUAUUUGAUGGAGACAGGGUGUUCAUAUUUAACGGAGACUACGUAGAUAGAGGAGCACAUUCGGUGGAGAAUUUUGUUCUCCUGCUCUCGUUAAAGAUCCUCUUUCCAAAGCGUUUUUACCUAACAAGAGGAAACCAUGAACUUUUGGAUAUAAACAAGGUCUAUGGCUUUUACGACGAAGUAAGAAGGAAAUAUCCGUUCAGCAGCAGUUCUAUAUACCAAAAGUUUCAGAAUGUGUUCAAAGCACUGCCCAUUUCGGUAAUUGUUAAUGAAAAGGUCUUCAUAACACACGGGGGACUGCCAGGAGUGCCGACCAGGGUGGAAGAUCUGCAGAAAGCCUACAGAAUGACCGAUUCACAUGCAGAUGAGCUGUUGAAAGGGUUUUUGUGGUCGGAUCCAGAGGAAAUAGAAGGAAUAGAAGAGAGCAAAAGAAGAGCCGGUGUGGUUUUCGGGGCGGAUGUGACAGAGCGCUUUUUGGAGAUGAACAGAUUGGAUUUGUUGAUUCGAAGCCACCAAGCUGUCGAAAAUGGAUACAAGGCACACCACGGAGGAAGACUUGUAACUGUAUUUUCGGCACCUUACUAUGAAGGCAGUGAGGAAUUAGGUUCCUAUCUUAUUCUGAAUCCUUCGGAAAGAGAAGGAGACCAAACUAUCAGUGUGUCUGGUUUCACAAGAUACAGAGUGGAAAGAUUCGGAAGAUCCAGCCACAAAGAAGUAUUAAAGCUUCUGUGCGAUUAA